AUGGUUAGAGAACACAUUGAAGUAUCAAAAACAGAGAUUGAGGAUUUAAGACAAUCAUUCCUGGAUGAAGUCUCUUCAAAAGGACAUGAUAGUAUUCAUCCUAAAGAUUUACAAAGGGUAAAAACCGAUGAUGACUGGCUACGGAGAUUUUAUUUACAUCAAGAGAAAAAUCCAGAAAAAACCCGCGAUAUGAUGUGGUCGUCAAUAACGUGGAGGAAAGAACAAAAAGUCAAUGAAAUUAGUGAAGAUAGCAUUAGUAAGGAACUACUUUGUUCUGGAGCGUUUGGGAUACAUGGGACCGAUAUAGAUGGUUGCAAAUUAUUAGUUUUCAAAUGCAAUAAGCAUACAAAAGGUGCUCUAGAUAUAAAUAUUGUAAAACAAUGUAUUAUCUACUGGUUUGAAAGAUUAGAGAGAGCUACAAAAGGAGAUUUUUGUUCUAUAUUUUUUGAUAUGGAAGGAUGUGGCCUAAGUAAUAUGGAUAUGGACGUGAUAAAAUACCUUAUAGGACUGUUUAAUUCGUAUUAUCCUUAUUUUUUGAACUAUAUACUCAUUUUUGAAAUGCCUUGGGUGCUAACUGCUGCCUUUAAAAUAGUUAAGACUUUAUUGCCUGAAAAAGCUAAAGAAAAAAUUAAAUUUAUAUCUAAGAAAGAUAUAAGUACCUUUGUGCCUACUGAACAUAUCAUUACAAGCUGGGGUGGUAAAAACCCUUAUGUAUUUAGCUUCGUUCCCGAAACCUUUCCGGAUCAAGAAAAAGAGAAGGUUGUCGUGUCAAAUAAUAAUAAAAAGGUUCACUUUGUCGAUGGUUCAAUGUCAGAACAAGCUGCUGGUAACGCCGAAAAAGAAUCUGAUGGAGGAUACCUCAAAGUUUCUCCAUCAGGUAUCAUCACAUUCGUUAAAGAUGGAAAUGAACUCAUUAGUACUUUGGAACUUCAAAAUGCAGAUGAUAGUAUCCAUGUCUCCUAUAAGCUUAAAACAACUUCCCCCGAAAAAUUCAGGGUUAAACCAAGCACAGGUUGUUUGGCCCCUGGUGAGACUGCCGUUGUUAAUGUAACGCUAUUACCCGGAUUUCAACUUGGAGGUCUAUCACGUGAUAAAUUUCUUGUAAUGAGUACCCCAAUGGAAACCAGUGAAUUAGAUAAUUUAGAUUUACCCGAAUUGUGGAAGAAUACCAGUGGAAGGAAACUGUACCAGCAUCGACUGAAAUGCAUCCAAAGUGGAGAAGUUACCAAGAACGGCAACGUAAUUGUGACUGCGCCAACUGUUGCUGAAACCGACCAAAGCAGCGUCAGUAAAUUGUCAUCGACGAUUUCCGAGAUAAGAACCGCGCAAAUAGAGUUGCGACAGUCUGUGAAAAUAACCCAAUAUUUCCAAAUGGUGACCUUAUUUGUAGUUUUAAUACUAGGAGUCGUAGUAGGUUAUAUGGCUCGUAACUCCAAGGACACAUCUUCAGAACAUCCCUAUUGUAAUCAUCCAUAA